CUACAAACCCAGCUGACCGGUCACGUGGCCCGGUUGUUCCGUAAACAUGGCUGCCUGCAUAUUGAGUCCGUAGGACAAUUAUUAGUGUGAAAUGGGUAUUUUAGUUGGGUUGUCCUGCUGGGCUUUUAUAAUCAUGUGCCUUAAUAAUGUAGAUUGUACGCAUUCAGAAAUAAUCGCGGAAGACCUUAUUGCAGUGUCAGAAACAGAUACGCGUGCAUCGUCUGAUUCGGAGAGUUCAAGCUGUGGCUGUCACUCCUUAAAAAGAGAUACAGUUGUUAAUAUUGACAGAAAAGUUUCUUUGUUGUCUGAACAAGCGGCUGUAAAAUACUCGAAAAGAGCUAACGAUGGAAUGGAAGUAAAUCAAGAGCAUAGCCAAGAUCUAGACAUUCCCAACAAGAUGGUGUUGAUCCCAGCAGGAGAAUUCUUGAUGGGCACAAACAACCCUGAGAUCCCACAAGAUGGAGAAGGACCACAGCGCAGGGUUCACCUUGAUCAGUUCUACAUUGAUAUUCAUGAGGUCAGCAACCAGGAGUUCCAGAAGUUUGUCAAUGCCACCAACUAUGUUACAGAGGCAGAAAAGUUUGGAGACUCCUUUGUGUUUGAAGGUUUACUGAGUGAAGCAGUAAAAAGCCAAAUUUCCCAAGCGGUGGCUGCUGCCCCCUGGUGGUUGCCAGUAAAAGGGGCAAACUGGAGGCAUCCAGAAGGCCCAGACUCCACCAUCACAGAUAGGCUGGACCACCCUGUGCUCCACGUCUCCUGGAGCGACGCCACCGCCUACUGCACCUGGGCUGGGAAGAGACUGCCAACGGAGGCAGAGUGGGAGUAUGCCUGCAGAGGAGGCCUGAGCGACAGGCUGUUCCCCUGGGGUAAUAAACUGCACCCCAAAGGUCAGCACUAUGCUAAUCUCUGGCAAGGAGAGUUCCCCGUUCAGAACACAGGAGAGGACGGCUACACCAGAACCUCACCGGUGAUGUCAUUUCCUGCCAAUGGGUACGGGCUGUACAACAUGGUGGGCAAUGCCUGGGAGUGGACCUCUGACUGGUGGAGCAUUCAUCACACCACAGAUGAGCUUCACAAUCCAAAAGGGCCGGCAGCAGGCCAUGACAGAGUGAAGAAGGGGGGUUCCUACAUGUGCCACAAGUCAUACUGCUACAGGUACAGGUGUGCUGCCCGGAGUCAGAACACCCCUGACAGCUCUGCCUCCAACCUGGGCUUUCGCUGCGCUUCCCACAACAAACAGUGACCUUUAUGACCUCUGAGCCCAAUGGGAGAGGGCUGGAAGAAGAGUCUCCUCCACCUGUCCUUAUACCCACCUUCUCCUGGGACUUUGCAUGCUUCAGUUCACCAUCUCAUAUAAACAUCAGCUGUAGCUUUGCUGUUGACAGGAAACCCUUUCUACGUGAGAGAAAUCUCCGCUACACAUGAUUGACAGCAUUCAGUCUCUGCCUCAUACUUGGCCAAACUCUCUUCUCUAACCGGUGACAUCACUGCUUUCCGCUGAAUUGUAACAGUGUGUAUAUUUGCCAAGCGUUGUAUUUUUAUAUGAGAGUAAAAUGAUAUAAUUGUGA